AUGUUCUCUCGCUCAGUACUGCGGAGUUUCACCUCCGAUCUGCGCCUGUCAGCGCCCUUGAUCUCCUCACCAACUCCCCUUGUGCAACGAGCUUGCCUCCACCAAACAGCAUGGCUCCGGAACUCGCAACAACAAUCCCAGACUCCAUCCUCAUCUCUUCACCCCGAAUCACCUCUUUCUGCCACACCCCGCGCACAAGACUCCGUUCCAGAGACCCAGCAGGGCUUCCAGGCGUCCUCCUCCAUCGACCCCUUCUACCAAGCACGCGAUGAUAUCCCCCUCGCAAAGCAGCCCGUGGCUCCGACAUUCGACUCUCCCCUCGAAGUGACCAAGUCCCUCAUGUCGAAGCUUCCUCACCUCGUUGGCCAGAAGCCACACUAUGUCACUGCUGAGCUGCACGCCCGGCCUUUCCUCUUAACUGAGGGCGAUCACAUCCGUCUGCCGUUCCUUAUGCCGAAGGUGAAGACCGGUGACAUCUUGCGCUUUAACCGUGCUUCCGCGCUUGGUUCUCGCGAUUUCACCCUGAAAGGCUCACCCCACAUCGACGAGCGACUGUUUGAGUGCCGAGUUCGCGUCAUUGGCGUGGAGUCCGAGCCGAUGCGCAUUAAGGAGAAGACGAAGCGGAGACAGAGACACACAAAACAGGCCCGGAGCAAACACCGUUAUACUACCAUGCGAGUUAUGGAAGUGCGGGUGAAGAGCCCAGAGGAGCUGUUGCAGGAGGGUGCUGUGGUGAUUGAAGAUGCGGCGGACUCUCCCCAAAUUGAGGCUCGGUCAUGA